AGUACCAGGCUGGCAUGAUCGUAUAUAAGCUGGUGCAGCUUGGCGCUGGGUAUCCUGGCAUAGCAGCACCAUGAAAUCAGGCCUCCUCCUCCUGGGGCUCCUCACCCUCUGGGCUGAUCCGCCGUCUGCCUCUGGGCAGCUCCAUCAAGUGAAAAAGGGCGAGUGCCCCGCUCCCAUUCACUGGGCUGUGAACUGCCUUAUGUUCUGCUCCAGUGACGCUGACUGUCCCGGAUCCGAGCGCUGCUGCAGCACCGGCUGCGGGAUGGAGUGCAGACUCCCCGUAGGAGUAAACCCAGGGUACUGCCCGCAGUUUGACCCCAGCAUUGUGACCAUCUGCCUUGUGGAAUGCAAUAACGACAGGGAGUGUGGACUGGGCCGGAAGUGUUGCAGCCGGGGAUGCCAUGUGCAGUGCACGUGGGCUGUGCCAGCCAAACCUGGCACCUGCCCCAAGAGGACAGUGCUGCAGACGUUCGCGCUGUGUGAGAAGAAUAAGUGCAGAGACGACAGGGACUGUCCCAACAGGGAGAAAUGCUGCUUUACUGGCUGUAGCCUUGGCUGCCUGGCCCCUGGAACAGGUGACGUUUGCCGACUCCCGCCUGAGAGGGGCCCUUGCGCACAACUGCUCGUUCGCUUCUUCUACAACCCGGCCUACGGGACGUGCCAGAGAUUCUAUUAUGGCGGCUGCCGGGGCAACGGGAACAACUUCAAAACUCUCCGGGCGUGCCAGCAGGCCUGCAGGACACUCGGGCCGACCAGAGAGAGAGACCGGGAAGAGCCGAGAGUGUGACCGCAGGGCCUGUGUGGGGACAGGACAGGAUCCUCCAAUACGGCCCCCACCUGACACCCACUCCCAAUCGCCCAUGGGCCUCAUCUCACCCAGCACAUGGGUUGUGUAAUAAAGAGCUC